UAGAAAUUUUGGGGCAAAAUUCCAGAGUGAUUCAAUAAUCCAAGAUAGGUUUCCUACAGCUGGUGGAUCAGUUGCUGAAUACCGAGGCAAGUUCUUGGAGAAGGGUGGGGGAAUUUAGAUAUCUUGGAGGAAAUGCACACUUGUUUUUCUCUUUGCUUUUGAGUAUAGUUUAAAGUUGUUCCUUGACUGUGGUCUUUUUUUGCAUAGAAUUUUUAUGUGCAGGUCUUCUAAUUGUUUUCUUAUUCUUUUUGCUAUUCUGUAAAUGUAUCUUGGAAUAAAAUUCAGUCUGAUAAAAUACUAAUUUUAGAUUAUUGGCUUUAAUAACACAGUCUUUGAGGAGUGGAAUGAAACUGUUUUAUAUUAGAGCACUAUUUAAAACUAAUAUGAGCAGUUCUUAAGAAGUCUAAGGGUAUAGUCUUUACUGAUCCUGCAGAGAAUGGUCAGACAGAAGAAGUGUUAGAGCAUGUUACUGCCUCUAGGAACUGCUGCUGUUUGCUGUGAGUCGUACUGAAGAUAACAACAUACGGGAUUUGACAUUCACACCAUUUUUUGUCACCUGUUUGUUGCACGUGCUGUGCAGAUUUACAGUUGAAAUCUUAACUAAAUUUAUUCUCUACACAUUUCCCUUGAGGAGUAGGAGCAGUAUUACUGCUAGUAGUACAUGUUUCAGUGUGCUGGUAAGCUGAAGGUUCAUUUCUUAGGUAAGUACACUUGGGUGCACUGUUAGGUGAAAUGUAUUUUUAAAAUGUUUCUCUGCCUUUAAAUGUCUUAUCAGAAUGUUCUGCUUUUUAAGACUUUUUAAAGUUUGUCUUGUUUCAUGUAACGUGAAUAACAAUAAAUGUUUCUGUGGUACCGUUUCAUUGGUAAUAACUUGUAGUACCUUGGAUUAUGAGAUAUAUAUAUGAAUGUACUUUGAUAAUUAACACAAAUUGCGAUUAAGGUUUUAACAGCACUAGAUUUCCCCAAGAAGAGCUUCUGUCAUUGUUUCACUACAGGGCUUUAGUAGCUGCUUUUAUCUUUAGAGAAGAACUUGCAGCAGGGUUGCCCCUAAUUUCUGUAGUGUAAUUUUCUCAAUUUGUCUCAGCCGAUUGCUGAAUGAGAGAGAGCAGGAGGGGAAGGAGCAAAACAACCUGCUUGGUUAGGCUGGGGGCUGCUGCUGCAAUUGAUGCUUGAUUUUGGGUAGUUUAAAAUUAUCUAUAGACAUUUGCCCAUUUACAGGGAACCUUAUUAAUUUCUCUGAAUGAAGAACAAUUCCCUUUUUGGUUCCAUCAUUUGGCAUGAAAAUAAAGUCUUUACCAUCCCUCCUCCCUGUUUUUAAAAAUGACAUGCCUCAUAGGUAUGCCUAUGCUGUCUCCUCAGAAGUAUCAGUGCUUCUUAUAUUGUUGCACCCUUUCAGUCACCUGAAAAGGGAGAUCAGGGAAAAGCACUUGACUUGCUUCCGUAUUGGUGAAAACUAUAAAAAUGGAGUUAAACACUAUUGAACUUCAAAAAUUUUAAUUGAAAGUCUGUGACCUUGAAGUACCAGCCAACAGCUGUGGCUUUGCUGCUUUGCUAAUGAGCAUUGUGAUGGUUAUAAGUGGAAAGGAGUUGUGACAGACUUCCUGUGUGUUUGGGGUUUUUUGGUGUUUCUUUUUGUAAUGGAUAGAUCCUUCAAGGGUCCUUUUUUUAUUUUUAUUUUUUAUUUAUUUUGGUAGAUUCUGCAUCUGGCACAAUAUCCAAACCUGUAACCUGGUGAGACAGUUGCAUGUGUCAGAAUGCCUUGUAAUAACCAUCAGAAUGUGCUGGAAUAGGUGAGAUACUAUUUAUCUCCAGUGAAUAUUUGCUGUCAUUUGAUCAGCUACCUAAACUUUUGAGUUUGGGUUGAGGAGUAAAGAAGUUUUUUGAUUACUAAACAUAAUCAGUUUAACUUCAGGUCUGAACAAUGUCCCCGUUCAGAGCUAUUCUUCCUGUUUGGGAGAUGGGGAAACUUGCUAUCUUAGUGGAGUACAGCUUGACCGUUUGGUCAGUUAUUGGAGGGGGGAGUGGUAAGCUAUUGGAGGUAAGUUUCCCAAUUUCCCAGUUGGCUCCAGUUGCAGCCUGCCCCAUGCUGUCGCAUGCUGGCUGCAGCAGGGAUGCCGGCACUGCAGUGGGACCAGUGACAGAAGCUGUUCUUCAGAAUUUUCAGGAUGGCUGUUUUCUGCGUCAGAAUGAGACAGUCCUGCUGGGCAGAGCCAACGCCAAGAGCAAAGGUAAGGUAAUGUUUAUUCAAUGGGAAUGCUUAAGACAGCCAAGCAGCUAGUACCAACUACAGUAAUAGUCACAGGAGUUCCUUUUUUCCCAUUAGCUUGAGUUUUAGUUUUGUACUGUAACUUUGUUUUGUAAAGAACUUUAUGCUGGAUUCUUGUCGUUAAAUGAGUUUGAUUUCAAAUAAUAUGUGUUCGGAUGCAAAUGUUAAUUAUGUGUGACUUUUUCCCCCUCCCUUUUCGAGAUUCUUUCAUCUGCUGUUUCCUCUUUUCUUCUGAAAAAAAAAAAAUGGGGGUAUAAUGUAAACUGGUCUCUAUUUCAUCACGGGAGAUGCUGAAUCUAUAAUAUAGUGCUGAAAGAUUGCACUAAAAAGUUUUGGGAGGAAUGAGACCCCAGGAAACAUCUGCUAUCUGUAUACGUCCUCUCUUGGAGACUUUCAGCAAUGCUGUGGUGUGCGAGAAAAUGCUCUGUGACCAUGCUGGGUUACAGCUCGUGACGAAAAAGGGGGAUUUUUACCCCAGUUGCUCAGUGACUCGGUUGCAUAUGUUGGAUUGAAUACUGGAAAAAGAAGUCAGUAAUCUCCUUAGUAACUACAAACCAACUGUAUGCAGUUGUGGUCCAAACACAUGAUGUAAAACUAAAUCCAAUUAAGGAGAAAGUUGAAAUGCAAUAGAUCUGUGAAUGUGAGCUCCUCACAUUUGUUCAGGGAUUGGUAUGUAAAUUUUCUCUGGCCAUUCUAGAACCUGGUGGACAUCUGGCUUUAAUUCACAGCUGUGAAAAAGAAAGAGCAAAAUUAUUUACAGCAUGUUUCCUUGGUUCUGAUGUGCAGAAUUACUUUCCUCAGAACAGAUGAAUUUGAUCUCCAUUUUUUUUCUGUUAUUUGGUGCUGGGCUAUAGCUAAUCAAUAACUUUGCUUGAAAUAGUGGGGUUUUGUUUUUUUUCCUCUCUCUUCAACCUAUACAGAACUCUUCUUUGCAAAACCUGGUUUAGCCAAGAGGACUCCAUAUGGACUAUUAUGUGAAAGGCUUCUCAAAUAUUUUCUUUGGUUUCAGAUUUUUUUUGUUACUUUUUAUUGAAGGCAAAGGUAACUCUCUGCUUUGUACUCGCUUAUCAAAAGCACCAGUAUUUUAAAGCAUCAUUUGUUGAAAAGCUCUCUAGGAAAUGUUUUGCUGUCUGUGGAGCCUUAUUGUAGGAUACUUUUUAAACCAGAUUUCAGAAUUUGUGCAGCCUCAGAAGCCUCCUCUGGCACCUGCAAGUUUGACUUCUUUUGGACUUCAUGAACAAAUACUGUUCUGUUUUUGUAUCUUUACAAUUUGUGUGUAGUUUUAAAUCUAGCUUAUGUUAGAGGCUAAGACUGUUAGAUGUUAGUCCUUUAUAAUUAUCCUGUAUGUGCAGAUUGUAUGUUUAUACAAUGCUCUACCUGUUGUACAGUGUUUUUGAGAUGUUACCAUUUAAGAUGACACUUUAUUUCAAAUAAAAGCCUAUUGUUUCGCAGUCAAUAGUAUUUAAUUAGUAUUGCUGGUGAUUGAGUUGUAUGAUGUUUUGUUGUGCUGUUGGACCACAAAGAGCUGGAGGUGGGAAUCGGUGAUUCUGGGGGCUGUCUUCUUUCUGCAGGUGAUGUUUGAAAUGUGAUUCCUGAGGUAAAGUGUUUGUUUUCGGGGGGAGAGGGUAUGGGGAGGGAUCAAAUGGUUAAGUUUUCUUCCUUUUUUUUUUUUCCUCCCCAUCCCUAAUGAUUUGUGGCAUUGCGUACCUUGUGCUUUCUGCUUGUUUUUUUCUUUACUAUUAAACUGCUGAUGUUUAUUUCCAGGAAUGUUUUGCAAAUGUCCUUCUCACUCUUCCCCUCUACAACUGUAGGCGUUCGUUGUGAAACAUCUUCUGGAGUAUACCCAAGAGAAUGAGUCCAACCUGCAGUACAGCUUGUUCUUAGUUUUUGGCAUCUUUAUGACGGAAGUGGUGCGAUCUUGGUCCCUUGCACUAACCUGGGCUUUGAAUUACCGCACGGGGGUUAGGCUGCGUGGAGCUGUCUUGACAAUGGCAUUUAAGAAAAUUCUUAAGCUGAAGAACAUCAAGGAGAAGUCUCUUGGAGAGCUCAUAAAUGUGUGUUCCAAUGAUGGUCAAAGGAUGUUUGAAGCUGCAGCAGUUGGCAGUUUGUUGGCUGGGGGCCCUAUUGUGGCCAUCUUAGGAAUGGUUUAUAAUGUGAUUAUUCUGGGUCCAACAGGCUUCUUGGGCUCUGCUGUCUUCAUCCUUUUCUACCCAGCAAUGAUGUUUGUUUCACGCCUCACAGCUUAUUUCAGACGAAAAUGUGUAUCAACAACAGAUGAGCGUGUGCAGAAGAUGAAUGAAGUCCUUAAUUACAUUAAGUUCAUUAAAAUGUAUGCCUGGGUCAAACCGUUUUCUCAGAAUGUUCAAAAAAUUCGUGAGGAAGAACGUAAAAUCUUGGAGCGUGCGGGCUACUUCCAGAGCAUCACUGUGGGUGUGGCUCCUAUAGUUGUAGUCAUUGCCAGUGUGGUGACUUUUUCUGUCCACAUGAUCCUUGGCUACGAUCUUACAGCAGCUCAGGCAUUCACAGUGGUCACUGUCUUCAAUUCAAUGACUUUUGCACUAAAAGUAACACCUUUCUCAGUGAAGUCUCUGUCUGAGGCAUCUGUUUCUGUUGACAGAUUUAAGAGUUUAUUUCUAAUGGAAGAGGUUCAUAUGAUAAAGAAAAAACCAGCCAAUCCUCACACCGCGAUAGAGGUGAAAAAUGCUACCUUGGCUUGGGAAUUCUCCCACGCCAGCGUCCAGAGCUCACCAAAGUUGACCCCCAAAGUGAAAAAAGACAAGAAAGUCACCAAGGGCAAGAAAGAGAAAAUGAAGCUACAGAAUGAGGGACAGCAAGCUGUGCUGGCAGAGCAGAAGGGCCAUCUUCUAGUGGACAGUGAUGACCAUCGUAGCCCCGAAGAGGAGAACAAAAUUAUCCACCUAACUAACUUUCGGCUUCAGAGGACUCUGUACAACAUUGACUUAGAGAUAGAAAAGGGAAAACUUGUUGGAAUUUGUGGCAGUGUGGGGAGUGGAAAAACUUCACUUAUCUCGGCCAUUUUAGGACAGAUGACCCUGUUGGAGGGUAGCAUUGCAGUAAGUGGAAUGUUUGCAUAUGUGGCCCAGCAGGCCUGGAUUCUCAAUGCUACACUUCGAGACAACAUUCUUUUUGGCAAGGAAUAUGAUGAAGAAAGAUACAAUACUGUGUUGAAUGGUUGCUGUCUAAGGCCUGACCUAGCCAUACUUCCAAAUGGGGACCUGACAGAGAUUGGUGAACGAGGGGCUAACCUGAGUGGAGGACAGCGUCAGAGGAUCAGUCUGGCUCGAGCCCUGUACAGUGACAGGGACAUUUACAUCCUUGAUGACCCCCUUAGUGCCUUAGAUGCUCAUGUUGGAAAUCACAUUUUCAACAGUGCAAUAAAGAAGCACCUGAAGUCAAAGACUGUCCUUUUCAUCACUCAUCAGCUUCAGUAUCUUGUUGACUGUGAUGAAGUGAUCUUCAUGAAAGAAGGCUGCAUUACUGAGCGAGGAAGCCAUGAAGAACUGAUGAAUUUAAAUGGGGACUAUGCAACUAUUUUUAAUAACCUACAGCUGGGAGAAACACCCCAUAUUGAGAUUAAUAUAAAGAAGAAUGCAAACAGUUCACUGAAAAGACCCCAGGAUAAAAGUACCAAAACAGGGUCUGUGAAGAAGGAGAAAGUUGUAAAGAAGGAAGAGGGCCAGUUGGUCCAGUUGGAAGAGAAAGGCAAAGGCUCUGUCCCCUGGUCUGUUUAUGGCGUCUACAUUCAGGCAGCUGGAGGUCCUUUUGCUUUCCUUGUCAUCAUGGCGCUGUUUGUGCUGAAUGUGGGCAGUACAGCUUUUAGCAAUUGGUGGCUGAGUUUCUGGAUCAAGCAAGGCAGUGGAAACACUACUGUGACUUUGGGAAAUGAUACUGUUGUAAGCAACAGUAUGAAAGAUAACCCUCAUAUGCAUUACUAUGCUGGCAUCUAUGCACUGUCUAUGGCAGUUAUGUUGAUCCUGAAGGCUGUUCGUGGUGUUGUCUUUGUAAAGGGAACUCUCAGAGCAUCCUCAAGGCUCCAUGAUGAGCUCUUCCGACGGAUUCUGCGUAGCCCCAUGAAAUUCUUUGACACUACACCCACUGGACGUAUUCUCAACAGGUUUUCCAAAGACAUGGAUGAAGUUGAUGUUCGUUUGCCAUUUCAAGCAGAAAUGUUCAUUCAGAAUGUCAUCCUUGUGUUCUUCUGUGUGGGGAUGAUUUCUGGGGUUUUCCCCUGGUUCCUGGUGGCUGUGGGACCCCUCAUUGUCCUGUUCACAGUCCUACAUGUUGUGUCUAGAGUUUUUAUUCGAGAGCUCAAGCGUCUGGACAACAUCACACAGUCUCCAUUCCUGUCUCAUAUUACAUCUAGCAUCCAGGGUCUAUCCACAAUCCAUGCCUACCACAAAGGACAGGAAUUUCUGCACAGAUAUCAGGAGCUCCUAGAUGACAAUCAGGCACCAUUUUACCUGUUCAGCUGUGCAAUGCGCUGGCUAGCUGUACGGCUGGACAUUAUCAGCAUUGCUCUCAUCACAACCACUGGCCUUAUGAUUGUCUUAAUGCAUGGCCAGAUUCCUCCUGCCUAUGCUGGGCUGGCAAUCUCAUAUGCUGUCCAGUUAACAGGGUUAUUCCAGUUUACAGUCAGACUUGCUUCAGAGACAGAAGCUCGCUUUACCUCAGUUGAGAGAAUUGAUCACUAUAUCAAGACACUUUCCCUGGAAGCUCCUGCUCGAAUUAAAAACAAGACUCCUCCUCUGGACUGGCCACAGGAAGGUGAAGUUGUUUUUGAAAACGCAGAGAUGCGGUACCGAGAGAACCUUCCUCUAGUACUUAAAAAAGUGUCCUUUACCAUCAAACCGAAGGAAAAGAUUGGCAUUGUGGGAAGGACAGGCUCAGGGAAGUCUUCUCUUGGAAUGGCACUCUUUCGUCUUGUUGAACUAUCUGGAGGCUGUAUUAAAAUUGAUGGAGUGAAAAUAAAUGAUAUUGGUUUGGCAGAUCUUCGCAGCAAACUCUCAAUAAUUCCUCAGGAACCUGUGCUAUUCAGUGGCACUGUGAGAUCAAAUUUGGAUCCUUUCAAUCAGUACAGUGAGGAACAAAUCUGGGAUGCUUUGGAAAGGACUCACAUGAAGGAGUGUGUUGCCCAGCUGCCUAUGAAACUUGAUUCAGAAGUGAUGGAAAAUGGAGAAAACUUCUCAGUUGGAGAGAGACAGUUACUGUGCAUAGCUAGAGCUCUACUCCGUCGUUGCAAAAUUUUGAUACUGGAUGAAGCAACAGCUGCUAUGGACACUGAGACAGACUUACUGAUUCAGGAGACUAUCAGAGAGGCAUUUGCAGACUGCACUAUGUUAACAAUUGCUCAUCGCCUGCACACGGUACUGGGCUCUGAUCGGAUCAUGGUGCUAACACAAGGACAGGUAGUGGAGUUUGACAUGCCGUCUGCCCUUCUGGCCAACGAGAACUCGCGCUUCUAUGCUAUGUUUGCUGCUGCGGAGAACAAGGCUGGGAGUUCCUUCCACUUUCCUGAGGUCAGCACUGGCUCUUGCCUGGUCCAGCAGUGACCCAGUUCAGAAAGCUAACUUGCAGAAAGUUCACCCUCCAAAAGCUGUACAAAGAAGGAGACAGGAAGGCACACCUGGAAGGGAGGUGAAGUGGGGCUGCUAUUUUCAGUAGGUGCUAACUGCAACACUGGUAUAGGUAUGAGGAGAAACUGUGCUCAG